AUGGAAGAGAUUAAAUACGAGAAAGAGAGUGAAUCGUUAGAAAAACAACCUGAAUUUAUAAAAGAAUUUCUAGAUAAUAAUCCGUUCAAGAUUGAAGACAAACGAGGAAGUAAUGAAGUUAAACUUACUAGAACAUUUGGAAAUGAAAAGAUCCGUUUAUUGUUUGAUGUUUCAUUUAAUGAAAAUCAAUCCGACCAAUUUGAUUUUCCUGAAGACGAAGAAGAAAGUGGCGUUGAAUCUGAAAAUACAGACGAUGACUUGGAUGAUGAUGAUGAAAAUGCUUCCGAUGGUUCAAUGGUUACCAGAUGUAAUAUUAUUAUUGAAAAGGAUAAUCAUGGAGCAUUAGGAUUUGAGACAUCAGUAUCAGAUGGUAUCUUUAUUAUAAAUUAUGUGACAUAUUACAAAGAUGCCAAAUUAUCUUAUGAUUGGUCUGCAGAGGCGGAUUGGAAGAGAAGAGGACAUUAUCCUGGCCCACAAUUUGAAACUUUAGAUAAUGAGUUACAAGCCCUUUUUGAAAAAUAUAUAGAAGAGCGUGGCAUUGACACAGCAGUCGCAUUAUUUAUACAAAGUUACGUGGAAUAUAAAGAUCAACGAGAAUAUGUUAAUUGGCUUGAAAAAGUUGAAAAGUUUAUUGGUACCCCAUAA